AUGAAUACUCUAUGUGUAGUGAAGACUGUAUUGUAUCCAAAGCAUUUAAUUGUCUUUUGUUGUAAUGUCUGUCAAUCAAUCGCUUUACAUUCUCUUGCAACAUAUUGGUUUUCAGAUUUGCAGAAAAAGACUAUCCUUCCAGACAGUGAUAUUAAAUUCACUGGUAAUGUCACCUGGGUGGGAAGCUCAUCGAUAGAAGUCCUGAUGCAUAUGUCUCAGUAUUGCGAUGGCAACUUCAAUCUUGUACUAGAUGCUACUUUCCUGUUGGUGGCAAGAGACACAGAAAAUCAAAGAGCAGCAUAUGUUAAUCCACUGAAACUUGAAAAUAAAGCAGAGGAAGAUAUUUUUAGAAAAGGACAAUUGAAUAAAAGAAGGCGUAUUAGUCUAAAGGAGACCUCCCUACUGAGAAAGGCACCUAAUGAAGAAGAAAGAAAAAUUAUACAUGAAUUAUUUCUUCAUACUUUGGAUCCAAGAACAGUAAGCUUUUCUGGUCGGAUCUUGCCACAGAAUGCAAAGUGGAUGGAAGAUACAAGACUAAAAAGUCUGGAGAUGUGUCAUCCAAAGGAGCACAGCAUUCACCGAAAUAUCUUUGGUGGGUUUCUGAUGAAGAAAGCCUUUGAGCUGUCAUGGGCAAAUGCUUGUAUGUAUAUAAAAUCAAGACCUUCUGAGGUAUUUGUUGAUAAUAUCCUGUUUCACAGACCAGUUGAGAUCGGUUCUCUGCUAUAUCUCUCAUCACAGGUUUGUUACACUGAAAGGAAUUUCAUUCAGAUCAGAGUGCACAGUGAAGUUGUCGAUCCAUUGACGCUGGAGCGCAAGACAACCAAUGUCUUCCAUUUUACUUUCUCCUCUGAUAAAGAAGCGCCGAAGGUUUUCCCCAAAACAUAUGGAGAAUCUAUGCUUUAUUUGGAUGGAAAACGACACUAUAAAGCAUCAAUCAAGGGAAUUUGUGAAAACCUGUAUUUUACAUCAGAUUGA